AUGUCUUCCGCCACUACCUCUCAUGCCGGGAGAACCUAUAUUCUGACUGGCGGCUGUUCAGGCAUCGGCCUGGCCAUCCUUCAUUUUCUUCUGUCGCAGUCCGCUACCGUCCACGUUCUCGACAUCUCCUCCACCCCACCGCAGAUCCCCACACAUCUCCCCCAGAAAAACCUCCACUUCUAUCCAAACACCGACGUCACCUCCCGCCCGUCCGUUCACAAUGCCUUCACGCAAAUCAUUACCACCAACCCCACCAUCCACGGCCUCAUCAACAAUGCUGGCAUCGCUAACCCCCUCUCCAAAUCGGGUAUCGAAUCCGAUGAGACCUUCGACCGAAUCAUGGCCGUCAAUGUCCGUGGCGUGUGGAACAUGGGUACCGAAUAUCUCUCCCACAUCGUGUCGACCGCAGACCCAGGCAACAAAGGACCGAGCGAGGGAAAAGGUGUCAUUGUGAACAUGGCUUCUACGGCAUCAUUUCACCCUUCCGUUGGCUUAGCAGCAUAUACGGUGAGUAAGCAUGCUGUGUUGGGGAUGACGAGGGCGUGGGCGGUGGAUUUUGUCCAGCACGGGGUACGAGUCAAUUGCGUGGCCCCGGGGGGUACGGACACGCCGUUGGUGGACGGUAUGUUGGAUGAGGGGGAAAAGAACCACUAUAUCAGUCAGGUGCCGAUGGGGCGAUGGGCGAGACCGGGAGAGAUUGCGCAUGCGGUGGGGUUUUUGUUGAGUAGCGAUUCCAGCUUUAUGACGGGUCAGGUGAUGGUGGUGGACGGGGGGAAGUAUAUCUGA